UACAGGGACCAGGAUACUGAGGGUCAAAGGUCAAGAACGUGUGCCGAAAAACUAUGCUGCGUGUUCACUGUAUAUUUAGUGGAAGUGACGUUAUGGCUUUUGUUAUUGGUUUCUGCGUUAAUACUAGCGUUUAACAUUAUUGAUGUAGAGCCGCUUUGGAAACGUGGGUUCUUCUGUAAUGAUGAGACCAUUCAAUACCCGUAUAAAGAUGACACCGUCAGUAAAACUUUAGUCGCCAUUAUUUUUGUCGUCGUACCUAUAGGAGUCGUAAGUAUGACUGUUCCUGGAACUAACCAGUACAAAGCAAUGAGAGUAAAGUUUCUUGGUCACGGAAACAAUGGUUUGCCCCUGGCAGGGUUCAAGCCUACGCGGCCAGCAAUCGUUAGAUUACUAGUCCGACGCUUUAACCACCGGGCUAUGCCGCCACUCAACAAUAAUAUAGAAGUUUAUGUUUGGAUAAUCUUUUUUCAAAUGUUCAUCAUAGAAACAUUCCACUUUAUUUCCUCUAUAACCAGACAGACAGACGGAAAGAAAAUUUUAGCACAAAAACUCCUGGUGAAGUUGUACAGAACAAUUGGAGCAUUUUUAUUCGCCGCGACAUGUACAUUAAUUCUAACGGAAACCAUGAAAAUAUUUGGAGGAAGGCUCCGCCCCCAUUUUAUAUGUUUAUGUAAACCAGACUUUUCUAAAAUAAACUGUUCCCAUGGUUACAUUAUGAUACAAACUGACGUGUGUACAUCAGACGUGACAAAGAAGAAACUUUCAGAUGCAAGGAAAUCGUUCCCAUCAGGCCAUGCUUCUUUGUCAACAUUCGGUGCAAUAUAUUUACUGGCUUUUCUGCAGCUCCGUUGCACAUGUACGAAAAAAGUAAGAACAUUAUUGCCAUUAAUACAACUUGGAAUUUUAUGCGCAGCCAUAUAUGUUUGUAUUUCCCGCGUGAAUGAUAACAAACAUCAUUUUAGUGACGUCAUCGCUGGUGCUAUUUUAGGAACGGUCAUAGCUUUAUUGUCGUUAAAAUACGUAUCUUGUCUACGAAAGGAUGUGUCACAAGAAAACCAUUAUCUACAAGAACAGUCACUUGACAGAUCCAGUGAUCCUAUUCUUAUUAACUUAACUUAAUUAAUAUAACAACAACAACAACAAAUUCAGGACAGUCUCCAAAUAUUGGUGUACACAGUGUAUAAUGUAGAUCUUUUUGAAAUUAUUUGAAUUUGAUAAUGAUGGUGAUAUUCAUUUAGUCGGAGACUGGAAUAGUCGUGUUGGCAUCAAACAUGAUUAUGUGGUAUUUGACAUGAUGAAUGAUGAACUAGAUUUACAGGAUUAUGUAGCAGAUGAACCCCUAGCCCGGGCCUCUACAGAUAAAACAUGUAACACAUUUGGUAAUCGUUUAGUUGAUCUUUGCAAAAGCACAGGAAUUCAAAUAGUUAACGGUCGUUUAAACAGUGAUCAUAUGAUCGGUAAUUGCACGUAUUUCUCGAGGCUAGGGUUGUCUGUUAUUGAUGUAUAGGAUAUCGACCGAGUACGAGGUCUUUCCUAAACAGAAAGAUCGAUGAACGAGGCCGAUAUCCAACUUACACACCGUAAAACUAUAUUGUCUUGAGCAAUGGCUAAUCCAAAGCAUCUGAUGUAAUUCACAAAUAUUGUUUUUAACACAACGCAUAUACAGGUAAGCAUUUAUCAACGUUUUGCUUAAAUACAAUAUAUAUUUUGCAAUUAACUUUGCUCUUCCCUUUAAAAUAUAACAAAUAAAGCUAAAUGUGUCAAAAUUUGUCAAUAAUAAAGUCAAUCUACUACUUUCUUGAAUGCCUUAAGUAUACUAACCUACGACCUGAAUAAAUAAGCACUAUAUCUCAAUUUUGUAAUCCUUCCAUCAAUGUCAUUCUUACUGGUUCUACUACUUUACCUUAUGAUUCUAAUGUAUCAAUCUUUAAAUCAGUUUAAAAAAUAUAUCCGAGAUACAAAACGAUUUUAGCGUACUUAAGACCUUAACAUGUUUGACAUUUACUAGAUUAAGCAUCAUAGUUCCUCGUUAUUGUUCCAUCAUUGUUCAUCCAUUUCUUCCUUCCUUUUUCUAAUAUUUUUUUUCUCUUUAAAUAUUCAGUGUAUAUCUAUUGUGCGUAUCUGCAUAUAUACAGCUGUAAGCAAUCAAAUAAGAUAUUAAUUUGCUUCUUCUUACUUGAUUCUAAAACGAAAAAAUACUUAAAUAGGUGUUUGUCUAUUUGUACUUUUUUGUAAGUUGCUUUAUUCUUCAAUCAUUUUUUUUUCUUUUUUCUCCUUUUUACUGUUUGCUCUUACAUAUAUUACAUUGUUAAAUACUUAACUAUAAUGUGAAUGUCUUUGAAUACUUCAACUAACCGUUGUGUAUGAUAAUACCAUGAACUGUGUUAUUGUAAAUUAUUAUAACUGGGAGAGGACAUUCAUAAGCUUUAUAGCUUUCUGCCCAAUCCCAAAAUGUACUUUGUAAAUAUUGUUCACUUGUUAAAUGUUUUGUUGAAUAAAUAUGUUUAAACCAAAGUCAAUCUGUAAUGGAAGGUAUGUUAAAAAAUGAAUAAUUAUGUUGAUAGUAUUUCGUAUCAGACAAUGCAGAUUCUAGGACAUUUGCCCCCGACAGUUGCUCCCCGUACGUUUGCCCCCUUUUUUGCUGUUGUGACUUGUCACUAGUCAGAGGUCAUCUCGUGUAUAGAUUUUUGUAUGCCAAUGGAAACAGUAUAGUUUAUUUAUUUAUGGAUGCUUUUUUGACGUUCACAAAUUUGCGCGACAGUUUUUGUGUAAUUAAGCACAAUGAAAUUUCGACAAUAGGCAAUGAAUUUUGGUAGCAAACAAUUCAACAAUAAAAUAAUUAUUUUAACUUUUUUAAAACAAUAAAGGGGGGGCAUAUGUUCGUCCCUUCCAAAGAUAUAAGGGGCAAAAAGGCAAACUUCCGAGGGGGCAACUGUCAGAAGGGCAAUGUCCGGACACGAAAUACUAUAUAUAUAUAUAUUGUUGGCAAGUGUGAGAUACAUGAAUUGAAACUAUAUUUUGUAUAGCAGAUUAUAAAAUGUUCUAGAAAAAAAUAUGAUCGCUCAUCAUAAAUUUUUAAUACUAAAUCACUAAUAACUUUAUUAACAUUUUAAAAUCGUAAUAAGUAUGCUGUGAUUAUUGCUAUAUAGUUUCAUAGAAAUGAACUUGAAGCGUCCAUUUUGUUACAUUGUGUGAACUUAAUGACAGAAGAACCACUUAGA